AUUUGAGCCCAAAAAUCAAACACCUCAAUUCUCUCACUCAGUUCACAAGAACCAAGUGACACUUCUCUCUCUCUCUCUCUCCUACUACAGAUCUCUUCUGCUUCUCUUCGCUUUGACUAAUUUCGUGGAGAAAAAAAAAAAGAAGUAUUUCGAGAGUGAAUGAGAGCAAAAAAAAGGUUUUUUUUUAUUUUAUUUUCAUUUAUUUGUUAUUUUUGGUACCCAUUUGAAAAAUUCGAUAAAUUAUUUCGAUUUGCGGAAUAAUAAUAAUAAUGGAGCAACAAAGUGUGUGCAUUGGAUAAUGGGUAUUUGGUGUGAUUCAUGAAAAUGUCGCAUGUUUUUCAAUUGUGCUUCGCUCUGCAAAUAACACUAUUGUGAAGUUUGAAAAUGGGGUUCUGAGUGAAGGGUUUCUUCGUUUCAAGAAAAGAAGAAUUGGAAAUGGAGAAAAAACGUUCUAAGGGAAGUUUUUUCAGCUUGUUUGAUUGGAAUGCCAAAUCUCGUAAGAAGCUCGUUUGGAACAAUCCAACAUUGCCUGAAGUUUCAAGGCAAGGAAAGGAAAAUGUGGAGACCUUGCCAGAAUCACAGUUCAAUAGGAUAAAGGUGGAUGAGAAUGGAGCAAGUCCGAGUAAUAUUGCAAGUGGCGAUUUUAACUGCACUUUGUCAGUAUGUAGUGAUGAAGGCUGUGGGAGUAAAGCUCCUGGGUUAGUAGCAAGACUCAUGGGUUUGGAUUCUUUGCCUAAUUCCGAAAUUGGUGAGCUUUCGUGCACUUCAUUAUACGGCUCCAACUCUUAUGGAGCUUCUCAUUGUAAUGUGAGUGCCCUUCGUUCAAUGGAUGACCUUCGUCGUGCUGACUACAUAAACACACCACUUAAGCCAGAGAAGUCUUCUUGGGAUGCCAUGGAAUCAAGGGCGUAUAAAAUGGAAAACCGGCCAAUAAAGAGAUUUCAAACUGAAAUGUUGCCUCCAAAGUCGGCUAAACCUGUUCCAGUUACUCACAAUAGAUUAUUGUCUCCCAUCAAGAAUACUGGUUUUCUGCCGCCGAAGAAUGCAGCUCACAUAAUGGAGGCGGCUGCUAAGAUAAUUGAUGGAAGCCCUCAGCCGUAUAUGAGGAAUAGAAGGUCAUCAGCUGGGCCUUCAUCUGUUCCCUUGAGAAUUCUUGAUUUGAAAGAGAGGUUGGAAGCUGGACAAUAUGCACCGAUGCCUGAAAAUCUAGUGAAUCUGAGAAAUGCCAACCCUUCAAAUGUCAAGCCUGGUGAGAGGAGCUGUAAUAAUUUGUACAAAUGUACAUCGUCAUUGAAGGGUUCUAGAGAUUCUGAGAAACGUAGUUCUUGUCAUUCAGCAAGUAAAGGAAAAUCAGGUUCUCUUGCAAUGCAAGCCAAAAACAAUGGUCAACACAGAGACACAUUGGUUUCAAAUGGUAAUAGGAAAUAUAUGAAGCAGAAAGAACAGAAUGAGAUGAAGUCAAACCAGCUCACAAGAAGCCAGAAACCAAUUACAAACCGAUCAUUGCCGCAGAAAACGUGUGCAAACCGUAAUAGCAAUGUGUUGGUACAGAAUAAUCAAAAGCAAAAUAGCAUGACUUCCAAAGGUAAGUCAACUUCAAAAAUAGAUUCCAACAAGCCAACACCACGGGCUUCAUCUUCAGAAAGUUCUACUGGAAUUAGGAAGGCAACAAACAAGAGUGCUGCUACAAAUGUCAGUAUUCAGCCUAAAAGGUCAAGCUCUAGGGCAAUGGAUAACCGAAAGGAGUUUCCCCCUUCCAAAACUCAUAGUAUUUCCCAAAAGAAAAAGUAUAACAGCAGUGGUGUUCCUGAGGCAAGAAGUCCUGAGAAUGCAAGAAACAAUUUCGAAAAGAAGUCCAUAAGAUGCAAUUUUACAACGGAUGGAAGUAUUGACCAGGAUGCCUUUAACAUGAACGAAAGCAAUGAUGUUAUUUCAUUUACAUUUACGUCUCCCUUGAAGAGAAGCAUGCCUGAGUCACUAUCCUCUACUGAGCAAGUGAUGGAAACCAGAACUAGAUUUGGUGUGGACUCUCUUGGGCAUGGUGAUAAUCUUCACCCCAGAAAGUUAUCACUUUCUCCGACACAUAUGAUAGAUAGUGAUGCAUUGAGUGUCCUGUUGGAGCAAAAGCUGCAAGAAUUGACAUCGAGACUUAACUUAUCUCAAUGUACCCUAGCCUCAGAUGGGCCUUCUACUGGUUUGAGAUCUAGUUUACAAGACAAAGCAUUUAGUAUAGUAAACACCAUAACUAAGGAACAAGAUGAAAUGUUCAGUGAUAAACUUGAUGGAGUGCAUACCUAUCAAUGUUGUUCAAGUGAUGAUCCAGUGCUUAAAAUGAAUCAGCAACUGCAGACAUCAGAAGUAAGAGAUAGCUGUUGCGGAAACCGUGAAAGUGGAAACGAUUUAGGUUGUCAGCAUUCCAAUGCUGUUGCGGUUUUUCAAGCUCCUUCUGUCAGUGAAAGUUACUUGGAUAGUGAAGACAGUACAUAUGGCAGCACAGCUUAUUCUUCUAUGCAAGAUGAAGAAGUAUCAAACAUGGAAUCCGAAUCACUUGAAAAUGAGGCGACGUGGUCAGAGGAAAGCUCUUCCAUAUCUAUGGGACACAAUGUGGCUGUCACACAAAUAAGUGGAAUACCAAACAUGGUAGAUGUUAAAUUAUCAAGCAACAUGGAACUUGAAUACGUACAGAAUAUUCUUGGCAAUGCGGAGUUUAUGGCAGAAGAAUUUGUUAUGGGGCGAACGAAUACAGUUAUAAUGCCAAAUCUCUUUGAUCUAUUGGAGAAUCAUCAGAGUACAAGAUCAUCAUACUGUGAAGAAGAGUAUUCUAAGCUUGAAAGGAAGGUUUUAUUUGACUAUGUGAGUGAGUGCCUAGAGUUGAGAUGUGAGCAAGCUUUUGUUGGAAGGUGCAAAGCAUGGCCUAAGUGGGUGACAUCCAUUCAGAAGAAGAACAUCUUGGCAGAAGAAUUAUACAAGGAGAUGGUGAGUUUUAAAAACAUGGAAGAGGUAAUGGUGGAUGAGCUUGUUUGCAAGGACAUGAGCACUGGAUAUGGGAAAUGGCUUGACUUUGACUUUGAAGCAUUUGAAGAGGGGUUAGAGGUUGAAGGAGACAUACUAACAUGUUUGAUUGAUGAAUUGGUUUCUGAGUUGUUAAUUGUUUAACCCCUUGGUGGUUUCCAUUUCUUUUUCUUACAAAAUGUAGUAUGUAAGGUAGAAAAUACCAUUUAAGUGGAACAUAAUUCACUCAAGUCCCCUUCAUGCUUUUCCAUUGGCUAGUACUCUACAGUGUCUUUACCACUUAUUGAGAGUAUAAUACUGAUAAAGAGCUUAUUUAUAUGGUGUAACCAAUAGUCAUAGAUAUUGCAUUGGAAAAUUGAUAUGAUGAAAGUUGAUAAAGUUCUUCUCUGGUUA